GUCAUCACAUCGCGCCCUGCCGGCAGGCCGGGCCUUCGACCUAUCGAGCCGCCGAGGGAGGCCGGAGGAUAAGCAGAGGGAACUUAUUUGGGAAUCCAGUGUGGUUCAAGAUGAGCUUCCUGUUGCCUAAACUGGUGUGCAAAAAGGAUGUCGACCAGGCAAUAAAAAGCACGGCGGAAAAGGUUUUGGUUCUCCGAUUUGGGAGAGAUGAGGAUCCCGUUUGUCUGCAGCUGGAUGAUAUUCUUUCCAAGACCUCACAUGACCUAAGUAAAAUGGCUACCAUAUACCUGGUAGAUGUGGACAAGACACCAGUUUACACGCAGUAUUUUGAUAUCAGCUAUAUUCCAUCCACCGUCUUUUUCUUCAACGGGCAACACAUGAAGGUGGAUUAUGGAUCCCCGGAUCACACUAAAUUUGUGGGAAGCUUCAAAACCAAGCAAGACUUCAUAGACCUGAUUGAAGUGAUCUACCGGGGAGCAAUGCGAGGAAAGCUUAUCGUCCGAAGCCCCAUCGAUCCCAAGAACGUUCCUAAAUACGACCUUCUCUAUCAGGACAUUUAGCCGGGGGCAGUGGUUCAACCAGAGUUCAAAACAGCGCGUUAAAACCAACCGACGCCCUCCCUCACUGUAAUGGAUCACAAAGCAGAUGCCACCAUCCUCGUAUUUGGGAAGAAAGGUGAAAAAUCAGUUCACAGCAGGGAUCAGGGGCGGCGAGAUCCUAGCCAGAGUCCUCUCAGAUCGCCUACUGAAGACUAUCGUGGACGGUGCGAUCUUGGAAUCGCACCGCGGCUUCGGAGCGGAGCAAGGCACGGGAAACCUGAUGGACGAACAGUCCGGGAUCUCUGCAAUUCCCACAGACCUUACCGACACGCUUGCUAACAGCAGGCGAUCUGCGGUCUGGAAACCGCUUAGGGAAUCGGGUUGCCCGAACAAUUCACAGAUGACCUCGUGAUUGGGGAAAACCAGUCACGUAUCGGCCUGCGCCAGGAAAGUCGCACACACAAUAAAUUUUUAAA